CAAAGCCCAGAGAAAGACUCGCCCACUGCCUGGGUCAAUCAUUUCGAUGCCCUCCUAGUCCCCGGCCGACCCAGACCCAGCCAGACCCAAGACUUCUCUUCUCCAUCAACAUCAACAACAAAACUUUCUCCUUCCCCCCUCCCCUCAUCCUCUUUUCCUCACUGGAUUCUUUACUCUACGCUGCAGAGCAAGUCUUCUCUCCCUAGACGCUGAGCUCUUUCCAUCUUCUUCUCUGCGAACCCUUUGUGCAUCUUUCACCCCGCACAUCAAUUUGCUACUGUUCACCUACCAACGCCCCCUCGUACCAAAACAAUCGCAGUCAUCAUGGCUGAGCGAUACAUUCCCGAGCAUCGCCGAACUCAGUUCAAGGCUAAGAAUACUUUCAAGCCUGAGGAGCUCCGUCGUCGUCGCGAGGAGCAGCAAGUCGAGAUUCGAAAGGCCAAGCGUGAGGAGAACUUGGCCAAGCGUCGAGGUAUUGGUACCGGUGAGAACCGCCCUGGUGCUUCUCUCGGUGCCGCCCCUGAUAGCGAUGAUGAGUCCGCUCCUACCGAGUCCCAGUUGAAUGAGGACCUUCCUCAGAUGGUGCAGGGUGUCUUCUCGGACCAAAUCGAUUCGCAGAUUCAGGCCACAACCAAGUUCCGAAAGCUUCUUUCUAAGGAGCGCAACCCCCCGAUCGAGGAGGUCAUCAAGACCGGCGUCGUUAGUCGUUUUGUCGAGUUCUUGCGAUCCCCUCACACCCUGGUCCAGUUCGAGGCUGCCUGGGCUCUGACCAAUAUUGCAUCCGGCUCCGCCACUCAGACACAGGUUGUCAUUGAGGCUGGCGCUGUCCCGAUUUUCGUCGAGCUUCUUGCCAGCCCCGAACCCGAUGUUAGGGAACAGGCCGUCUGGGCCCUCGGCAACAUCGCUGGUGAUAGCCCUCACUGCCGUGACUAUGUCCUAAGCUGUGGUGCUCUUAAGCCUCUCCUUAACCUUCUCGGCGAUAGCCGUAAGCUUAGCAUGCUCCGCAAUGCUACCUGGACACUUAGCAACUUCUGCCGUGGCAAGACCCCCCAGCCUGACUGGACUACCAUUGCCCCCGCUCUUCCUGUCUUGUCCAAGCUCGUCUACUCCCUUGAUGACGAGGUCCUCAUCGAUGCCUGCUGGGCCAUCUCUUACCUUUCCGAUGGAUCUAACGACAAGAUUCAGGCCGUUAUUGAGGCUGGCAUUCCUCGCCGACUGGUUGAGCUUCUCAUGCACGCUUCUACGUCCGUCCAGACUCCCGCCCUGCGCUCCGUUGGCAACAUCGUUACCGGCGACGACGUUCAAACACAGGUUAUUAUCAACUGCGGCGCCCUGCCCUGCCUCCUGUCUCUUCUGAGCUCUACCAAGGAUGGCAUCCGAAAGGAGGCUUGCUGGACAAUUUCCAACAUCACUGCCGGCAACUCUUCACAGAUCCAGGCCGUCAUUGAUGCCAACAUUGUUCCUCCUCUGAUCCACCUUCUGCAGAACGGAGACCUCAAAACCCGCAAGGAGGCUUGCUGGGCUAUUAGCAACGCCACCUCCGGUGGUCUGCAGAAGCCGGAGCAAAUCCGCUAUCUGGUUUCUCAGGGGUGCAUCAAGCCCCUGUGCGAUUUACUUGGCUGCCCCGACAACAAGAUCAUCCAGGUUGCCCUGGACGGCCUUGAGAACAUCCUCAAGAUCGGCGACCUUGACAAGCAGGCCGCUGGUGAGUCUGGCGACUCCAUCAACCGGUAUGCUCUGUUCAUUGAGGAGUGUGGAGGCAUGGAGAAGAUCCACGACUGCCAGAACAAUGCCAACGAGGAGAUUUACAUGAAGGCCUACAACAUCAUCGAGAAGUACUUCUCGGAUGAUGAGGAGAACGCGGACGAGGGUAUGGCCCAACAACCUGCUGGCCCCAACGGCACAUUCGGCUUUGGUACCAAUGGUGCUGCUCCUUCAGGCGGUUUCGACUUUGCCAAGGGUAGCGACGCCAUGGACAUGUAAAAGGCUCGCUGGAUCGGAUUGAGAAUUUCGAUAGGAAAUCCAGAAUGUGGAGCAAUCCUAACCCCCCCAAAAACAUAGCACCAUCACGACACCCCUUCCCCCAGAACAGUUUUAUGUGACUGUCGUUUUCCCCCAUCCCCAUGAUAUCACACCCCAUACCGCGUCUUUUUAAUGUAUCUGGAAGGUUUAUACGAGGGGAAAUCUCACCCCUCAGAUUACAGGCCCUAUGGUAGCUUGAAAGCUCCAGCCUGAGAGUGAUGAAGUAAGACGAGAGCGGAGUCGGCGGUGGCGUUUGGCUUCUCGGUCAUGAAUACUCAUGAGAAGAUUCUACAGACGCCGGCGAGUUUACGUGUAUACGCUGAAGACAUCAUGAUGGUUGGUGUUUAUGCACAUGGGACUUGCGCAGGACGACCGCUGAGGUGAGGUGAGAGGCAGCGUCAAUCGAGGACGGAUGCCUUGGAGAGGCCUAUGCUAGUGCACCAGGACUUCUGAGACGAUGAAGCUCAAAAUUACGAAAUUCGCUGCCAAGUGGUGGUGAGUCUGGUUCAGUGGUAGCCAGAGACCGUAGUUAAUCGAAAAGAAUGCGAUGGGUGUUUGCCCCUCAUUCAUGAAUACCAGGCAUGACACGUAAUGAUUUUCUGACUGUAAAUUGGUGUCGAAUGAAGACGACUUAUUUACUCGCACUUGAACGAGAAGAGAAGAGAAACUAUUCGGGUCUGAAUAUACUCCAAGUAUUUUUCGU